UUUUGCUCUUCUGACUGGAGACGACAUUUAACUUGUAUUCUUUUCUGAUUCUCUUGGUCACUUCUAUUUCUGUCUGUGGAAACUAGUCAACUUUUGUUGUUGAAUGUGUAUUUUAAAUCUAAUAAUUACAUAGUAGAAUCUUAGUUUUUUUGUGUGUGUUAUAUAAGUUAUAAUCAGACGAAGGGGUUUUGUACUUUGAUUAGGAAGAGUAUUUAUCACAUCAAUGGCCAUGCAAGUUGGUAAGAAGUUUUCUUGGGUGAUAAAGGACUUCUCCUCUUUGCAAUGUGCGUUCUGCUACUCUGAUUCAAUCCUGAUCGGUGACUGCAAAUGGCGUCUUCGUGCUUAUCCCAAGGGAUACAAGGUUGAUUACUUUUCUCUCUAUCUAGAAGUUGCUGAUUCAGAAUCAUUGCCUUAUGGAUGGAAAAAAUGUGUAAAGUUCCGACUAUCGAUAGUGAAACAAGUCUCGCCAGUGUAUUCGGUACUGGAAGAAACACAUGUCUGGUUUGAUGAGAAGGCUACGGGCUGGGGGCGUUCAUCCAUGAUUCCACUUACCAAACUUCAUGAUGAGAAAGAAGGGCUUCUGGUAAAUGGAGAUCUCGUGAUAGUUGCUGAGGUUGAUGUUCUUGAAGUUAUUGGCACUUUAGAUGGAUCAGAGGAAUCCAAAGAGUCAUGCCGUCCUGUGAAAAAGUCCAAGCACGGUGGUGGUGAAGAGUCUAUUGAUCUGCUCAAAGAAGCUCAUUUGGGAAAGGAAACCAUGGACGUCAAUGGCUUUAAAGUUCUUGUGUCACAGGUAGAAUCUGUGAGACGUAUAUUUGAAAUGCACCCUGACAUUGCAGUUGAGUUCCGUGCAAAGAACCAACAUCUGAGGAACGCAUGCAUGAGUUUCCUUCUCAGCUUAAUGGAGACGUUGUGCGUGUCACUUCAGGAGCUCUCUAAUGAAGAUUUGGUGGAAGCGGACGUUGCACUGACAUAUGUGAGAGAUGCUGGUUUUAAGGUGGAUUGGUUGGAGAAGAAGCUGGAGAUUGUUAAAGAAAAGAAGGAGAAAGAGAAGUGUAGUUUGGUCCGGCUUGAAGAAAUGAAGGAUAGUUUACUGAAAUUGAAGCAACAAUGUUCAGACCUGGAUGCUCUAGUGGAGAAAGAAGAGGCAGAGUUGUCGGCCAUCAGAGCUCCUUUGUCAUUCGAUGAUGUUCUUUGAUCCCUUGAGUUCUUAGGCAUGUGUUUGUGUUCUCUUGUUAUUGUUUCUCCUUUGGUUUAAGAAGUCCUCUUGUAAGGUGACUGAACUUAUGUCUCAACUUGUUACGUUUUGUUAA